AUGAUAGAAAAUGUCUAUUUAAUUAAUGUAGCAAAUAUUGAUGGAAAUAAUCCAAGACGUUCAAACAAAUUAAUAGGAAAUUGUGAACUUAAAAUAAAUAACAAUCCAACACAAUUUAUGGAAGAAAAAACUCUCGAUCAGAUAAUGAAUGAAAGGGGAAAAGUUAAGGAAAUUGGACAUCAAUCAAAUGAAAUAUUAAAUGUUGCAACAAAGCUCUUACAAAAUUCUAAAGAUGAAAUACUCAAAUCACAAGAAUUUACUAAUGAAAUAUAUAAAAAAAUAAACUUGCCUGAAUCUGGGUUAAAUAAAAUAAAUGAAAUUGAUGAAUAUUUAAAAGAAGUUAAAAAUAAAAAUGAACGUUUGGCAAAACUUCAAAUAAAAUUAUUGGCUUUAAUUAACGUAAUAACAAAAGAGUGA